CGGGGCGGCCCCCAGCUUGCUGCCGCCGCAGUCACGCCAUGAUACACUUUAUACUGCUGUUCAGUCGGCAGGGGAAAUUAAGGCUGCAGAAAUGGUACACGACGCUACCUGACAAAGAGAAGAAAAAGAUCAUUCGAGAAAUUAUUCAGAUUAUUUUGUCUCGCAAUCAAAAAACAAGUAGUUUUGUUGACUGGAAAGACCUCAAGCUUGUUUACAAAAGGUAUGCUAGUUUGUAUUUCUGUUGUGCAAUAGAAGAGCAGGAUAAUGAGCUCCUGACACUAGAGGUCAUUCACCGAUACGUAGAGCUUCUGGACAGAUACUUUGGAAACGUGUGUGAGCUGGAUAUUAUCUUUAACUUUGAAAAAGCUUAUUUUAUUCUUGAUGAGUUUAUAAUUGGUGGAGAAGUACAAGAAACUUCAAAGAGGUCUGCAGUGAAAGCCAUAGAAGACUCUGACAUGUUGCAGGAGACAGUGGAAGAGUAUAUGAACAAGCCUGCAUUUUAACCUUACAACUACCCAGAGAGAGAGCUGCUCUACACCUGUGAAAUGCACUUCCUGAGAUUGCUUCUCAAUGUGCCAGAUCCUCAGAGAAAUACCAAAAACCAAUGACUAAAGGAGUUUUUUUGUAUAAUAGUGAAGAUGAAGGUCAGCAAAUGUAGCACAGGGUUUAACAAGUUUGUACUUGCAUUACUCUGCAUAAGAGUUUCUCGGAGUUGUUCUUACCCUUGAUCUAGUUUCUCUUCAGGUUGCUGGACUAAACACUUGUUUUGUACUAUGCCUUUUAGGUACAAGUUUUGUCAUCAUAAAAUAUU